CUGAACAGGCUCAGGGAGGUCAAAGCCUUCGUGAUCCAGGAUAUUCCUCUUUACCAUAAUUUGGUGAUGAAGCACAUUCCUGGGGCUGAUCCUGAGCUUGUCCUCCUGAAUCAUUAUUAUGAAGAGCUUGAUAGGAUCGCUCUGUCAGACAUGACCCGUUCUGAGAUUAACGAGCUGCUGAUGGAGCUAGGUUUCUAUAAGAAGUCUGAACCAGAGGAUGUGGUGCCAGAUGAAUUCCGCUUCUCUCCCGCCAAAGACAGCCCCUUUAAAGAUGAACCCGCUUACAAGUCAUCCACCUCCACUUUAGACACAGAGAACACCUCCUCAGAGUCCAACACGGAGAUCCUGGAUCAGUGCUUGGUGGAGGGGAAUCAUAUGAAAUAA